CUCUGCCAAGACUGUCUGCACUUUCAAAGUUUUUCCGUAGUUCGAGGGCACACGUCAUGACGUCACCAGAGAGGAAAGUGACCCACCCAAUGAUCAACGAGAACGUAAAUCCCCAGUGCGAAGCAGCGGCCAAUAACAAGCAAGCCUGGGGCGGAACGUAACACGUGGUUUGAAUUCUUUGUUAAUGGAGGCGUAAGGCUUUGAAGGGGAAAAGGGAAUUGUGCAGUUGGUAUAAGCAGAUUCCUAGAAUAUAUAUCUAUGUAUUCCUUGUUACAUAAUCAUGGAAUCAUUUCAAGAACCAGUGGCGCCUAUUCAGUGGGUGGUCUCCGAAGACAAGGAGGUCAGAAUGAAAGAAGAAGAAAUUCCAAUUAUUUAUCGUCUGGUGCCAUCACAGGCUGCUGUCCCAAAUACAGGCAUUGGUGAUGAUGAUGUGCAAGAAGAUUCUUUCAAAAGCCGUGCAGAAGUGAAACAUGAAGAGGAUGAAAAAUGCUGCACCACAUCAGCAGUCAUCAAUCUAAUGGAUAUGAGCUCACUUAACGGAGCCCCCAUUAACUUUGUUAAAGUGUGCUGUCCUUAUCCAACUCUGCACAAAUUCACUUCUGCUUGUUUUGAAGGAGAAGAUUUUGAGCAACUUCCUAACCACGCCAAAAAAUCGCUUGAUUAUAAAGAUGAGCAAGUAGAAGAUGGAUACUACAUGGAGCAGCACAUUGUGAAAUUUCACAAAGAUCAAUUUAAAAACAAGUUGGAAAACAAAAUUGUGAGAUUAAGGAACUAUUCUGAUAGCGGUUUAACAGCUCCUGUGGAAGUAGUGCAACCGAGUUACAGUUCUUCAGCCGAACAUAAGCAAGUACAUUUGUCCACUGGGAAGGCCCAUCAGAAGCACACAGCAUGCCAAGAAGAAAAUCUCCAACACCAGUGUAACGAGUGCGGCAAGAUUUUCAGAGAUCUGGGCCUCCUUCAGAGACACCUGAUUGUCCACAAACAGCUACUAGGGCAAAUAAGUUUUGUGGAGUCCGGUGAUAGCGUGGACAAGUCGGUCGACUUAUUCCAGUAUUUUCGUUGGCGGAGACGCUUCCGCUGCGACGAAUGCGGGAAAAGUUUCAGAUACGCAUCAACGCUGGAGAAACACCGCUUGUUUCAUGAAGGGAAGUUGCCUUACCAAUGCGGUGACUGUGGGAGGAAUUUCAAGGAACUGCCCCAUUUGAAAAUGCACCAGAAGAUUCACCAGGGAGUUCCCCCUUCUUUCUGCUGCCUGGACUGUGGAAAGGUGUUCAAAAAUGCUAAACAUCUUCGCCGUCACAAACGAAUCCAUACAGGAGACAUGCCGUACCACUGUUCAGAGUGCGACAAGAAGUUUCGAGACUCUGAACGUUUGCGGAGACAUCAACGAAUCCACACUGGGGAGAUGCCGUAUCCCUGUGACGAGUGCGACAAGCGCUUCAGGUUCUCCGGGGACCUGCGGAAACACCAACGUAUUCACACUGGGGUGAUGCCUUACCAGUGUACGGUAUGUGGGAAGCAUUUCAGGGAAUCCAGCACCCUUAAAAAACACGAGUUAAUUCAUAGUGGGAAAGCUCCUUUUAAUUGCAGUGACUGUGGGAAGAGGUUUAACCAGGUAGGGAACCUCAAGAGACAUCAGCAGAUCCACACUGGCAUGGCACCUUAUAAAUGCACGGAAUGUGACAAAUGUUUCAAUCACGUGGAUAACCUGAAACGGCACAUACAAGUUCACAUGGUGGACAGUCUGUACCACUGUGAUGAGUGCAACAGCAGUUUCCGGAGUGCAGCCUGUUUAAAAAAGCACCAACAGGUUCAUCGUCGAGUCAAUUCUCUUUAUAUGUGCGGUGACUGUGAGAAGACCUUUAAACAUGCUAGCGAUUUUAAGAAACACCAACGGAUUCACACGGGCGAGAUGCCUUACCUGUGCACAACAUGCAACAAGAGUUUCAACCAUUUGGGAAACCUCAAAAAGCACCUCCUCAUUCAUUCUGGUGAGAUGCCUUUCGAAUGUCCUGACUGUGGCAAACGUUUUAAUCAGCUGGGCAACAUGAAGAAGCACCGAAACAUUCACCUUAAAAAGCAAACAUAACUGUACGUUGCUGCUGCUUUUCAGGACGGUAAAACAUAAGCUCGAGCCUGACUGCAGUUAUAAACUCGUAUUACUCGUAAACAUGGCAGUAGCUAAUUUGGGCUGCUUUCGUUUCUGUUUUCUACCCUGCAUUAGAAACGUGCUGAAUGUUAAAGAAUCAUUAGAAAAUA